UUGUGCAAAAAAAAUCAGCAAUUCAUUUUAAUUUUUGUACUGGUAUUAACACAUUAAUAAAUUAAUUAAUUAACGCAAAUAUCUCUUUAGCGCGACCUACAGUCUCUGAAGUUAUAAUAGAAAUGCUAAAGGCUUUUGAACGUUUGAAUGGUACAUGCCGCAUAAUUUUAGGAACGAACGACAGUAGAAAACGAAGAGCUUGUGGCCGUGUGCACCGUGUUUCAGGCAUUUCUGGUUGUAAAAUCCAUUGGUCAUCACUUAAUUUUUUAUUUAAUUUCCGCUUGCAAAGAAACUUGCCUUUCGGUUUAAUUCUGACAUUUAAACCAAUAAUCGGAUGUGUAACCCUUUCAACAGAAUUUUGUCGGUUUCAAUUCUAAUUUUAACAAUAAUGUGUUUCUGUAGCACCCCUGAAUAAUUUCAACAAACCUGGACAUUACACUGGAUUGCAACGAAAAUCUUCUUUAAACAAAAAUAUGAUCUCAAUGAAGUUUUUAAUAUCCUUAAUUUAUAUCUGUUUUUUUUUGUUAUCACGUAUAUAUUGCUUAAAACAUUUUAAUUUAAUAGCCUAAAAUAAUCAGUCUUAUGUCGAAUAUAUUGUAUACAUCUUCGAUGACGAUCGUCAAUGGCCAUAAGAGCGCAUCGUCUCGUCUUUUCGCACCUUCGGUAAGCUUCGUGAGUUUUGGAGUCGGCACUGCCAGCGCUUCAAACGGAGCUGGCAGAGGGAAAAAUACCUUUGGCACAAGACAGCACCGAGUGUAAAGCGCUAUUGAGUUUAGGAGCUUUGUUGCCGUCGGUACCAAGCAAAGCGAAUCUUAUGUUUUGCGGUAACCAAGACACUGUUGGAGUGUUUCGAGUGGCUUGUUUUGUCUUAAUAGAAAUUGAUGCAUUUGAGACGACUGUAAAUAAACCCGCCGGAUCAAAGGCUGUCAAAUGCCUAUUUUUUUUAUUCGAGCAAACAACGCCAACAGAAACAACGGUAAAAGAAAGCAACAUGCAAGCAGAAGACUCUCAGCAGUACUCAGCUAGCGCUAAACAGACGACGAAGUCGACAGAGAAACAAGAGAGAAAAGGUAACAACAAGCAAACACCCAGCAGGAAAUCGCCCACCAUUGCAAAUGAAAAGGAACAGGCAAGCGGCAAGGCCAAUGACAUAAAAAAGAAUACAAUAAUGCAGACAGGACUAG